AUGAUAGUACAUCGCUCGGUAAAAGAUCCAACUGGUUAUGUUCACCAAUGGGUUCUCGAUUUUGAACUCUUCUUUUUUAAUAAACAAAAUUUCGACUAUGUAAAACGUUUAAUGCAAGAUUGGUGGUGGACAAGUCUUGUCUAUGCAUUAUUUUACAUUAUUCUUGUUUUUAAAGGUCAAUCAUGGAUGGCACAAAAGAAUAAAAAAUAUGAAUUACGUCAACCUCUAGUAUUAUGGAAUACUGGUCUAGCAUUAUUUAGUUUAUGGGGUGCAUAUCGAUCUGUACCUGAAUUAAUUUAUACUUUAACUCAUCAUGGAUUUAUGUAUUCCGUAUGUGACUCGACAUAUAUGAAAGGCAUUACUGGUUUAUGGGUUUGGUUAUUUAUGGCAUCCAAAGUACCUGAAACAAUUGAUACAUUAUUUAUUGUAUUAAGACAACAAAAACUAAUUUUUCUCCAUUGGUAUCAUCAUGCAACCGUACUUAUCUAUUGUUUUUAUAGUUAUGCAUUAUUUGCUUCGACUGGUCACUGGUUUGUAACAAUGAAUUAUUGUGUUCAUACAAUUAUGUAUGGAUAUUUUGCAUUACGAGCUGCUCGUAUUCGAGUUCCUGCAUUUGUUCAACCAUCUAUUACUCUUCUUCAACUUAUUCAAAUGAUUGGCGGAUGUAUAGUCAAUGUAUCUGCAUAUUAUUAUAAACAAGAUGAACAUAUAUGUAAUACAUCCAAUACUAAUAUCAUAUUAUCAUUAGCACUUUAUAUGUCUUACCUUCUUCUUUUUGCGCAUUUCUUUUAUACAAAUUAUUUCAACCAAAAAGAUUCCAAGAGAAAAAGUAAAACUAAUAUUGAUUAA